AGGAGCUCCUAGAAGGAACUUCCCUUGCCAGGCUUCCCAGUGGUGGCUCAUCCUUCUGUGAGGAGCGUCAGCCUGGAGCAUGCAGCAGGACGGGAUCAGUAGCAUGAACCAGCUCGGGGGGCUCUUUGUGAAUGGCCGGCCCCUGCCUCUGGAUACCCGGCAGCAGAUUGUGCGGCUGGCAGUCAGUGGAAUGCGACCCUGUGACAUCUCACGGAGCCUGAAGGUAUCUAACGGCUGUGUGAGCAAGAUCCUAGGGCGUUACUACCGCACAGGUGUCUUGGAGCCCAAGGGCAUUGGGGGAAGCAAGCCACGGCUGGCUACACCCCCAGUGGUGGCUCGAAUUGCCCAGCUGAAGGGUGAGUGUCCGGCCCUCUUUGCCUGGGAGAUCCAACGCCAGCUUUGUGCUGAAGGUCUUUGUACCCAGGACAAGACUCCCAGUAUCUCUUCCAUCAAUCGAGUCCUGCGGGCACUGCAGGAGGACCAGGGACUACUGUGGGCACAGCUCAGGUCACCAGUUGUUUCAGCUCCAGCUCUCCCCCCUCCCCAUAGUGGCUCUGAGACUCCCCGGGGUCCCCACCCAGGAACCAGCCACCGGAAUCGGACUAUCUUCUCCCCAGGCCAAGCAGAAGCAUUGGAGAAAGAGUUCCAGCGUGGGCAGUAUCCUGAUUCAGUGGCCCGUGGAAAGCUGGCUGCUGCCACCUCUCUGCCUGAGGACACGGUGAGGGUCUGGUUUUCCAACAGAAGAGCCAAAUGGCGCCGACAAGAGAAGCUCAAGUGGGAAAUGCAGCUUCCAGGUGCUUCUCAGGGGCUGACUGUGCCAAGGGUUGCCCCAGGAAUCAUCUCUGCACAGCAGUCCCCUGGCAGUGUGCCCACAGCAGCCCUGCCUGCCCUGGAACCACUGGGUCCCUCCUGCUAUCAGCUGUGCUGGGCAACAGCACCAGACAGGUGUCUGAGUGACACCCCACCUAAAUCCUGUCUCAAGCCCUGCUGGGACUAUGGCUCCUUCCUCCUUCCUGUGAUCAUUCCCUCCUGUGUGGACCUUGUCUGGCCCUGCCUUGCUGCUUCUCCAGCAUGUCACCCUAUUGGAGGGGCUGGUGAAGCGACACCCACCCACUUCUCACACUGGCCUUAAGAGGUCUCCACUCAGCAGUAAUAAAAACAGUUUUUAUUAGCAGUAGUUCCAUCAUCCAUCAUGUUUCCCUUAUGAGCACCCCUUGCCCACUCUUAUUUUUAACAAUUAUAGACAGUUUGCCCUAUCACCUGUUUACAUCUAUGUAUCUACCAUCUAAUCUAUGCUUGUAUGUAUGUAUGUAGCCAAUAUAUGUAUCUAAACAAUGUAUUUGUCUAUGCAUCAAUGCAUCAAUUUAUCUUAUCUAUGUAUCUAUAUGUGUAUUAUACAUGUAUCUAUCUUGGUGUUUAAGUGCUCAUAUGCCUACAUGUAUGCACAUGUGCGUGCAUAUACAC